AGACCCCUUCGAUUGAACGUCUGCUUUCGAUGAAAGGAAAAAAAGAAGUUAACUGGUUUAUCGUGUACGCUAACGUAGAAGAAUUCACAAUUCAUUCCUUAAUAGUGCGAAGAAAAAGGGCUAAGGAAAAAGAAAAAAGAAAUGAAAGAAAAAAGGAUGGGAAUAUCGACUAUCGAUGCGAAGUAAUGAACGAUAAUUACGAAGCUAAAGAAAAAUAAAAGAAAGAAAGAAAGAAAGAAAGAAAGAAAGAUAGACACAAGAAAACCCUUCAUAACUUAUUCAUUCUCUUAUGAAAAGAUAAGGGGAGAAUACAGAAAAUAGUAUCUUCGUGUGUACACGGUGGAAUACGUAACCAUAAGAUAUUAAGUAACCAAAAGAUAUUAUUCUACGUCUACCUGUUAUUAUAAUGCGAACAAUAGAUUUGUAAUUGUAGGUUAAAAGGAUAAAAAAUAUCAGAAAGAGAGAGAGAGAGAGAGAGAGAGAGAGAGAGAGAGAGAUCUGCAAAUGCAUUUUGCACUUGACUAUUCUUCGAUAAGUAUAAUAUACCUAUUCGAAAUUCGACGAAAGGAAAAUAAACUUCACUAACACGUAGGAACGUUGGCUUUGAACAUAUAUUACGAAGUAAUUGAUAGUAAAUUGCCAGGUGAUGAAAACACCAAUAUUGUCUGCAUAACUUCUCUAAUAAUUUAUUUAUCCGCUCUUGUGAUCCACGGACACGAACGUAUAUCAUGAAAAAAACUUUCUUGUAACAACUCAUCGGAAGUCUCUAGAUUGUCAUAAUCGAAUAUCGAGGCAGUAGUUACAAAUGUAUUUCUUUCGUACGAUCCUUUUCUUCUAAUCCUAUCCAAAGAAUUUAUUGUUGUAUUUCUGUUAAUAAUGGUAUUUAACAUAACGCCGGAAACUGCUUUGAAAUUUACAAAAAUGAGUGUCGUCAUAAUGGGCUGUUGGCCGCCCCCUUUAAACGCAACAAAAAAACAACUACUCUUGCGCGACAUUUAUUGGUGGAUGUCGUUCGUAAUCGCUACGUUCUUACUUUUAGCAUUAAUUAAUGGGAUUUACGAGCAUCGUCGGAAUACUUUAAUCACGAUACAAACUACGUGCAUUCUCGCGGGUGUUUGUCAAAUGUGUAUAAAGAUGGUGAUAUUGAGAAAGCAACGUUGGAAAUUUCAAUCGAUAAUCCUGGAAAUGGAAAAUUUCGUGAAACGAGCUAACCCGUUGGAAAAAACCAUAUUACAAAAUUACGUGAACAGGUGUGCGGUUUUUCAUUUAACUACUACCAUUGGCUUUUACGUGAUUUGUUCAGGUCUUAUUUUAGGACCGGCGAUAUUAUCUCAACCAUUUCCAACAUUCGCAAAGUAUCCUUUUCAAGUGGAUUCGCAUCCUAUAUACGAUAUAGUUUACUUUCAGCAAGCAUUCGUUGGAAUGUUAGCAACCGUCGGUGGUACCAUUGACUGUCAAGCUGCAGUUUUACUGUGGUUCGCUUCUGCGAGAUUUGAAAUUUUGUGCAUAGAAUUAACGAGAUUUAUCGAUUUAUUCGAUUUAAACUGUUGUAUACGUAAACAUUUGCAUUUGCUCAGAUAUGCGGAAGACGUUGUUAUAUCCGUGCGUUAUAUUAUUUUUAUAACUACUUGUAUUUCGACUUUGAUCAUGAUAUUCGGUGGAUUACAACUUAUUUUUGCAAAAUCAACAAUCGUGAAAAUUCAAUUCGUUAUUCUCGUUAUUGGUUCAGCGAUUCAAUUAUUUUUAUGUUCUCGUCCAGCUGAAAAUUUGUCAGGAAUGAGCACAGCUAUUGGAUUAUCGGUUUAUAAUUCUAAUUGGAUUGGACAAUCUACAGAAGUAUUGAAAAAUAUAUGCAUUUUGAUUCAAAGAUCUCAAAAACCUGUAAUUGUUAGCAUCAGUGGAGUUUUACCAGCGUUAUCUCUAAAAUAUUAUGCUUCGUUUCUAUCCUCGUCAUUCUCGUACUUUACAACGUUACGUGCUGCAGUCAUUUAAACAAUAAAUCAAAUAUCGAUCAAAUAACGGUAGAUCGUUUAGAUUGAUUGUUAUUAAUACAAAGAUUUAAUUUAAAAAAUCUUA